GCGAGUCGUUCAGCUGCCAUUCAGUGGCCGAGGCUUCACUCUUCUUGUCACCUCAGCGGUUUUUUAUUUUUUUACAUAUUUUUUAUAUAUUCCUUUUCCUGGGCUAUUGGCAUUAUUUCUUUUUCUUCCUAUACAUUCGUCCCGUCUAUAAUAAUUCUCUUGAGAUCGUCUUUGUGGUUGUCUCCCGCUGACUUCCCCAGAUUUGACUUACCGGUCGUUCUCCCCUUUCCCGCAUCCCUCUUCCUUAACCAUCACUCUUUCUCUCUUCAGAAAGGCCUGGGUUGCCUUCUCUGGAGUACUGUUUCUCUAAAUACUUCUUCAUAUAUUCUCUCCGUUUCUUUUGAAUUCGCUCCUUCCCUCGUUCAUCUCUACUCUCUUCCCCUCUCGGUCUCCGCCCUGUCCAGCAUGCAUAAACCAUCCCUUGGCCAGAUCGUCUACAACGCGAUCUUCCCUCGUCCUCGUACCAGUGAUCCGUCUUCAUGGUCGGCGCACAUUACUCGCAACCUAGUUCCCGAAGUCCGUAUCGAAACAUCCACUUUCUACGGCUCGUUGGACUGCAUUGAGGCCCAGUACCCGGGGUUGGAUUAUUCAUAUGGCCCCCAUCGCAUGCGCCUGGGUCGAUUUCCCUGGCAUCGCAGAUUGUUCCGGACUUUCGACGAGCUUCGUCUGACAGAAGCUGAGAUCUCUUCUCUCUGUCGCUGGGAGGGCACCAAAUCCGCGCGCGAGCGUUACGAGAAGGAAGCAGGGGUUAAGGUUCAAGACACCACAGCCAACGGUAUUCGCCCUGCAUCACCUCGCCCCCUUCCAUCCAUCGAAGUCCAUUACGAAGACGAUGCUGAAUCCGUCACGGACACUGAGUCGAUUACCGAAUCCCAAAGUGACGUUAUCAUCACCGAUACUGAGACCAUCGGUGUGAUUGACGAUCGAGGGGUGGAUUGUCCUGUGUCGCAUAAUGUGUCAGAGGAUGAAUCCAGCGACGAGGAGAUGGAAAGUUGUGGCGUCGAAUUGAACCAUCGUCUUAUGGCAGCGACGGCAGCGCGAGAACAAGGUGUUAAUGUUCCGCUCGAUGAAGACUGGGAGCAAUGGCUGAAAGAAGCCGGUGAGCGCGGUAGCUACGCCAACAUGAUCAACGCGAUUCGAGCAAAUCAACCACUGAGAUUUGUGACUUACCUCCCUCAUUCCCCGUUGGCCCAUCCUAAUCGGACCGGUGUUUCCUCGACAUCAUCUCCAUAUCCGGGAUCUUAUAUCCUUUCAGAUCCAUCAGAUCGGUCAACCCUUCGACGUACCUCCGUGCACCCCCGAGCGCGGUAGAGUCUGGAUACCGACAACCACUCCUCUCCUACUUUCCCAACCUAAUCUCUCUUUUAUCCCGAUUCAACAGGCAGCGCCUGUUCUCUAGCCGUCAUUUGAUAUGGGGGUGCUUUCCUUCUUUUCUUUGCUUCUUACAAUCUCUUAGUAUGAGAUCCAUUUCGGCGUUCCUUGCUGCAUUUUAACAAACCCGGUCUCUGGCUGCGGAUACCUGUGUGGCUCUUUGCGUUCCUUGAGCAUAUUGCUGUCCUACAAAUACCCCUUCUUUCUCGAUUCUUUGUUUGGUUUGGCCAUCUCGUUUUAUCUUCAGAUCUAUCGUGAUAUAGUUAUAGCUCAAUACUUUUAACACCGCAUAGAAUGCUGUUGAGAGUGUUGAUUAAUUCCUUUUGUUAACCUAUCGCCAGUAUACAAUUAAGCAUAGUUCCAUUACCAUAGCUUAUCUCCGU